UUGGAAACCGGGUUGUUCACAACAAACCUCGAUAUCAGAAGUAAAGAAAACCCAAAAAUGAGCAAUGGCUUCGCGUGAAAGAGCAUCUCUGAUCAAUAAAUGAACUUCAAAAAUGAAAGACUCUAGAUUGAUAGCUUCAAAGUAUGAAUUGUAUUUGAAAAAAGAUGAACAGUUUGCUGAAUAUUUCAAUGACUUCUUGCUGUCACCAGCAUUCUCUAAAAAGCUCUUUUAUGACAAUGAUGUUCAUAUCAUGACCGAUGUCAGUCUCCAGAGAUCAUUGUUUUCCAAAAGUAACGACCUGGUCACAAAACCAGGAAACUUAAAAAAGAGGGAUGUAGUUUCAGAAAGCAGAGCACUGAUCAAGUGGAGUAAAGAAAACAGAUUACCGUUUUUCUUGAAGUCGAAGCAGUUCUUGGAAUACAAACUCUGUAAAUAUCUUUUACAUGGAAAGGAUUGUCAACAAUUAUCAGCUAUGUCUAUCACUGCAUUUGCUAUUGAAGAUGGUGAUGAAGAUGAUGAAACCGAAGACGCAAAUUCUCCAGAUAAAGCUAAAAGAACAUUGAAAUCAAGACCAGACAGUAACACCAGCACAAAGUCGUGGCCAGUGACGCGGGACAUGGAUGAGUAUGGUUUGGUACACAGCCGUGCUACAUCAGCUCCUAGUUUUCCUUUUACGGGUUACAGAGCUUCUUCUGCUAACCUUAUAACAGGCAAAGGUAAACAGUUGGAAAACCUUCUUUAUAAAAAGAUAGCGUCUGCUUUUGGCGAAGAUAAAGAUUUUGCAAGAAAGGAAGAAAAUGAUGAUUUUGAGGCUGAGUUAACAGGGUUGUGUCUUGAUGACAUGGACGGAAGAAUAAGUAUGCUUGAGUUUGAAAAUGAUGGCAGCGUGGAUGAAAACCAGGCUGAAAGUGAAAUGAAAGACAUAUCCAUGAAGCGCAAACUGACGUUACAGGAGCUCAAAAGGGAGUCAUUGGGAUCGAUGGAAGGUAUGGAUUCCUUUAAAGACUUUCUACACGAAACCUCUGGCUAUCACCUUCUACAAUUUUGGCUGGAUACUGAACAUUACAAGGAUCGAGUUGCUGGCUGGGAAGAUGCGCCAGAAAAGAAGCGACAGUUUGGACUUCGUCUUUUUCGAUUGAUAAAGGAUCGAUAUAAGCAACAUUUAACGAAAGAUGCACAAGAGCAAAUCAACAAUGCAUUAGAGAACGAAGGAUUUUCCGAGUAUCUCUUCUUAAAUGCCCAAGCUGAUAUGCUUUGUAGAUUGAAAUAUUACUGGUUACCGAGAUUUUUGGUCCAUUUGGAACGCCAACACAAAGUUGAUGGCAAUUUCAGUGAACAGUCUCCUCGUCUGGUAUCUUCCAUGAGCUUUUUUCCAUCAUUAUGUGUAGUCAGAUCUCUUCCCACGCUUGGUCACGUGUUGUCAGAAGAGGCACGAGAAAGGUCGUUUACAUCACUGUACAAAUUCAGAGGCAAUUUUAGUAGAAUAACAUCUGGAUACAUCAAGAAAGAGGUUCUCAACAUACCUGAAAACAGCACUGCUGAAGACCCUUUAAGAUUAGCAUUAAAUGCUGAAAAGGAAAGCGGAUUUCCCUUUCUUGCAGCCUUGAAGAAGCAAGGGGAGGAGACACUGUUGAAGGUUUUGCAGUUUUGGCUCGACGUGGAUGAUUUUAUCAAGCAAAACGACAAGAAAGAGGAUCGACUAUAUCGCGUUUACAGCGCUUGGAACAUCUUCAAUACAUAUAUCAACGAUGCCAAUUAUCUCCUUUCACACAAAAAAGAAGUCGUGGAACGCGUGCGGCUUUUUCUAACCGAGGCAAGGGAGAUUACAAAGGAGGCUGCAAUUUUGCUGUUUUCUGACCUACAAAUAGAGGCUGAAGAGGAACUUCGCGAAAUAUGGUUGGGAAUUCAAGCAAUGGAAGUUGAAAAACUGGAAAAAGCAACCAAAAAUGCAACACCAAUUCCAACACAGCAUCAUGCGAAAAAAGUCGUAGUUAGUCAAGAAUUACAAUAUUCUCCGAGUCGCUGGGUUAAAAGGUAUCCUGGAUCAAGCGAUUCUGAGCGGAGAGUAAGACUGCAUACUGCCUUAUCCAUGGCGGACGACUGCAAUUUCAGUAGGCUGUCAAGUCGAGGCCAGCUUAGUGAAAAAGCAGAACCUGUCAAGAAAAGGAAGAAGAAGAAGAAGAAAAAGGGAGUGAAAUUUUCAUCUGAAGAAAACGAAUCGACUGGAGAGGGAAGUGAAUCAUCACCAAAGAAGGAGGAAAAACUUCAGCUGAGUGACUUCAUGGAAAACAAGGACGUCCUCAAUGCUUUUAAGCACCACAUACAGAAUGAAGAAGGUCGUGAUGCCUUCAACAACCUUUCAAUGCUUCUGGAUAUUGAAGCGUAUAAUGACAUUCAUCCUGCUAAGAAAUUGUCAAGACAGCAACACAGCUCUACAAUAUACAGAACCUACUUUGAUCCCGGAUCUCGAAGGGCAGUCCGACUUCCCGAAGAGGUGGUUGAUAAAGUUGAAGAUGAACUACCAACAACGCCAAUGCUGCUUGAAGCAAAAUAUAGUGUUCUCCACGAACUCGAAUCAUCUUUCCAAUCCUUUUACAAGAAAGCGCAGCACAAAUUGAACAAAGAAAUCCUUGCUGCAGCCAGCGAGUUGGGGCGUAUGACGUCAGAUGUAAAUAGCAAGCCUGAUACAAUGGAAAGUUUGCGAACCAUACAUAGCCACAUGCCUACUCCAAAGGCUGGGAAAAAGAAACGCAAGGGUACGGGAAGAGCAAAUCCAACAAAGGAAGACCGCACAUUAUUUUUAGAAGAGGUUCAUGCUUGCGCUGGAAGGCUUUCUGACGAAAUGCAGCUAUUUCGGAAAUACUUAAUCGUCAAAGAGGAGCCUGGUGCUUUUCCUCGACUCGAGAAAGACUUGUUGUUCUAUAUAGAAGUGCAAAAAUUCAAGGAUCUGUACCCGUUCUUGGAUGAGACUGCACUGAAUAGAAAAGUUGAAGUGAUCAUCGACGUGUUCCUUGAUUCUGCAACUCCACCUUGGCUGCAGGUUGAUCUCAAUCAAGAGCAAGCUGGUAAAGCAAUCCAGAAGGCUUCGCAAUAUUAUUCAAUGGCAAAGCGUGUUCCAAGAGAGCAGAAGGAUCCUUAUCUAUUCGACGAUGCACAAGCUGCAAUUUUAAAAGAAAUUCUUCCGUAUUGGGCUGGGUACUGCAAGCAGUUUAGAGAUUCCACAACCCCACCGGAAUUUCCAAUGACCAAGAAGGAGCGUGAACAAAUGAGGCGACGGAAGGAGCUCAUGAAAAUGACCAAUGCCCAUUCAAAGUUAUGUGAUCGCCCCAAAACCCCAGGUUACGGGGAGUCAAAAAACGAGUUGACCUUUACAUUUGGUAGAGGGUUCAAAUGGAAGGAGGCAAAAGUAGACUUGGAGAGUCUUAUGUCAGAAAGCACCGCAUCUGGAUCAAGAAGAUCAAGUCCGGUCUCAGUAAAUGCCAGAUGAGUGUAUCGAGCUGCUGGUGACUGUUUUCUACGCUUUUAAAACAGAGAAGCAGAUACUACUUUUUCUCCUGUCUUGGUCUUGGAUCGACAUUUAGACCCAAAUUAGACUUUGAGCUCCUCAACAAUUUGUAAACUCUACAGUUGUAGAUAUGUGAAAACGUUUUGGUUCGCUCCUGUCUGUCGAAUAUGCAUCCAAAUAUCAUCCAAAUUGAAAACCGGAACAAGAGCCAGGCACAUUCCUUGCAAGCUCGGUCAUAAAAAGGACAUUUAUUGUCUACACAGGCUAUACGAGAUUCGAAGUACCUGCCAUAUUAAAGCAAUGGCGAUCUUCCAUUUGUUGUCGGCUAUCUCUGCAAACAAUCCUUUCUUUUUCACAAUAGUUACAUUCAAACCUUCUUAGAUAUUGUAAAAUUUUUCAGUAGAAAAUUAUGCAACAUUUUCUUUAUCAAAGUAUUUUUAGCUUCCUUUAAGGAGCGUUAGACUAUAAAGCAGAUGUGUUUAACUCAUUUGCAGGAAGGACAAAAACUUGAUUCAUAAAACUGAUUCUGGACACUGUCAAUCUAAAAAACUGAAAAAUUACCAUAAAUAAAUCUUAAUUUAUCAAUAAUCUUCAGUAUUUUUAUUGUCUUUGUGUAUGAUAGUGACUUUUUUUGAAGUCAUGUAGCAUUUCUAUUUAUAUUUGUAGUAAAUUUGGUAGAUUAUCAAUUAAACCAUAAAAAUGAGAAAUCUAGAUUUGCUUUGUUUUUUUCCAAAGUUAGUUUUCAUGUUACAAGGGUUCAAUCGAGACUUAGUGGCUCUUUACUUACCAGGAGGGCUACUGUUUCAAAGCUGUCCUUUUACCCUAUGCCUAUUUGUUUCCUAUUUCUGUUUCAAAUAAGUUGUGAAAAUUUAUCUUUAACGUAAAGCGAGGAAGCCAUUGAAACUGCUUGAGUUAUUGCGUUUAGCAAUUUCAAAAUAAAUUUUGUCAAGAAUUGAUCGAGAAAGGUUGAAUGAAAUACAUAGAUCUCCCCAUAAAUAAAAGGCUUUUCAUUUAGACCUAGGCUGAGCCAGGUUCGUAAGAGGAAGGUUUUUAGGUCCAGCUCAAACAGGGUAUAAAGAUUCUUAUAGGAGGGGCUUGUAAAAUCAUGUUGGGU